AUGGCAACUGUUUUCGAGAGCCCCCGGGCGCUGUGUUCACGAGACUCGCCAAUUUCUUUUACAACUUACUGCACUGUUCUUGAUAUAUUCCAGACCCAUCUUUACGAAAUUUGGCCGAUUAUCGACGCGGAAGAUCUGAAGGCUCAAUUGAGAGGUGAGGCUAACAUCGAUCCUGUCCACCACGCAUUGGCAGCGGCUUUGUGUGCUGCAACCUUGGUACAAAUGCGUCUCUGGCUCACCCCAGAUCCAUGCCCUCAACGGCUUUCCGUGAGUGCUGAGGAUUUUGCAAAGGAGUGUCUUUAUCUCCGAUUGGCAAACAGUUAUAAUCAAGAGACCUCGCUCCAGGCUCUUGUUACUUCCAUAUUCCUCCAUAUGUAUUACGCAAAUCGAGACUUGGUCACACCCGCUACCAUUGCUCUUCGCGAGGCAAUUACUUAUGCAGAUCUAAUGCACCUAGGUCAGACUUUUUCAUCUGACAAAGGAGAGUCAAAAAAAUGGCAGCUCGAGCUUCGUUGCUAUUGGAUCUUGUUUGUCACUGAAAGGUCGGAAUUCUUUCCCCUGCAUGAUCUUCCAAUUACGCUCCAAAGAACACCGAACCUUCCUGGAUUUGAACGAAAUACUCCCCAGGGUGACUUAUAUGCGGGCUUUUGUGCGCUUGUUCGGCUGUUCCUCCAUGUCCAGCGGCCCCUCGUUCCAUCAAUUUCUGCUACCAAAGCAAUAAAUGGACAGGAAAUGUACUCCAAAAGCAAUAUAUCAGAUAUCCAACGCCGUAUUCAAAUCAAACUGACAGGGCUCGAAGUGACAUCUGAGCUUCAAUACGUGGAUAUCAUGACUACAUCCGCCUGGAUCCGCUCUUUGCUUUGGCAAUACUCUGCUUCACGCUUUAUGUUAUCUUCAGGAACAUCUAUUGAGCCGCUCUCUUUUGAAUAUCCACUAUCUAUCGCAAAAGAAUAUCUGGACUCGCUUUCCAAUGUGUCGAUCGAGUCUUUGCGCAGUCACGGAUAUGGGAUG